AUGAAAGUUGUUACCGCAACCCAAGAGACCUUAGAGGUUGACGAUACUGCUACACCUGUCGCUACUACUCCUUCUCAACCAAGCAUCGACGACAAUAAGCCCGGCGAGAUCACAGAUCCUGCGACAUCUCCGAAGGAGUCAACUGAGGACACCUCAACGGCACCUCAGAAGGCAGCAAAGCGUCAGCAAACCUCGACGUCUAUCCCACCAACCUCCUCGCGACCGACUGAAGCAGUCUGCCAUAGCCAUAGUGGUUUCACCAUUCAGACGUCUACUUUAUGUCUAGGGGAGCAAGGAGAAGGAACCGUAACAGCACCAAAGAGACCCCGGGGCCUUUCCACGUCACCUCCGACCAGUCCUCGUGCCCUCGAUACCAUGUCUAUAGACUUCCACCUCCCCCAGCACCAUCCCCCAUCCUCCAAUACCCCGUUACACCCCGUACACAUCGCAUGCCAAUCCCGCGCCUCUUCUCCUUCGCCUCGCACGCCCUCGAGAACAAGCCGCGCUUCUUCCCCAACUGUAGACGCCCUAGGACUACGGAUCAAGCGUCUUAACAUCCGGGGCCGUGCUGACGACGACGAUAUGGACUACUACAUCGACUCCGCUCCGAGAUCACCUGUCAUAACCCCGUCGACCAGACAGCGCCGCUGCGCUUUUAUUCACCGAAACUGCCCAUGGUCCGCGCCGAGUACGUAUAAGUAUAGGUCGCCGCUGCGGUCAGACCGAAAAAUCACUACAUCCCGACCCGUGACGCCGUCGCGGACGCAGAGUGCUUUGCGCGAGCGGCGUGUUCUGCGGUCUGUGCCGCAUAUGCACAUCUAUUCGCCACCCCGGCGUAUAUUCCGAAUUGCUAAGUGGAUUGGUCGGCAUCCUGUGCGAGUGCCUACGGGGCAGUCGACUGCUAGACAGACGGAUGUUAAUGCUAGUGCUGCUGCUGGUGUUGGUACUCACGAUGACGACGAUGUUUUCGCUAGUAAGUCUACCUAG